GGAUUCAGGAAGCGGGCACAAAUGUUUUAAUGUGACCCGAUUCCCUCCUCUCUCAGAUGAAGAAGCUCAUAUCUACUUUGUAGGGGAUCCUUUGUGUGCGAGGUCGUCAGAAUCAACUGGAAAGCAGUGGAUUUGGUUUGGUGUGAUUUUUCUACCAAGGCACUGCCAGGGCGUUGCCGGAAAUGGACAGCCGGAUUCCUUAUGAUGACUACCCGGUGGUUUUCCUGCCUGCCUAUGAGAACCCGCCAGCGUGGAUCCCUCCUCAUGAGAGGGUAUACCACCCAGACUACAACAAUGAGCUGACCCAGUUUUUGCCUCGAAUUAUCACAUUAAAGAAGCCUCCUGGAGCUCAGUUGGGAUUUAACAUCCGAGGAGGAAAGGCAUCCCAGCUAGGCAUCUUCAUCUCCAAGGUGAUUCCUGACUCUGAUGCACAUCGAGCAGGACUUCAGGAAGGAGACCAAGUUUUAGCUGUGAAUGAUGUGGAUUUCCAAGACAUUGAACACAGCAAGGCUGUUGAAAUCCUGAAAACAGCCCGUGAAAUAAGCAUGCGUGUACGCUUCUUUCCGUACAAUUAUCAUCGCCAAAAAGAGAGGACUGUGCACUAGAGAGUUGCAACCCACAACCUUCCACGUAGAAUCUACCUGGACAAGCUGGCUAGGCCCCAAGGAAGCUCAACUCUCAGCCCUUUCUAGCAUAGUGGAGUGAGAGGUUAGGGGAAGCCAACAGCAUUACCCAAAUUAGUGACCUCGUUUUCUAGGUAAGCUUCAUUCUCUGAAAGAGAAAGAACGGUGUUUUUAAAAAUAACCUAGCGUGUGUGGAACCCUGAUAAAAAUAAACCCUGGCAUUUAUUGAAUACCAUGUGCUAGGCACUUAAACCCAACAUUUCAAUGAGAGUUUAGAAAUGAGUAGAAAAAAGAAUCCUGGGUGUCUUCCAUUUAAUCUGACUGACUAUUAUCUCAUCCUUGUACUAGUUCUUGCACUAUACACUUCAGACUCCAGUGGGAUCCUGAUUUUCCUCUUUCCUAGAGUCUCCCAAAAAAGAAGGAAAAUAAAUGCUGAGAAAACA